AUGGCCUCCGCACUUGUAUGGGGCUCAGGCAUUGCCGCUGCCGCAUUUCUCGGUCGCGCCGGCAUGAUCGCAUGGCGAAGAUCUCGCGGUGGCGUCGGUGCGAUGGGCCAGGCUUUCUACAAGGGCGGCUUCGAGCCGCGCAUGAACAGGAAAGAGGCAUCGCUUAUCCUGUCGCUCAACGAACGAGCCAUCACCAAAGAGAAGGUCCGGAAGGCACACCGUACACUCAUGCUUCUCAAUCAUCCGGAUCGAGGUGGCAGUCCAUAUCUAGCGACGAAGGUGAACGAGGCGAAAGAGUUCUUGGAGAAGAGUGCAUCAUGA